GAGCGAUCUCAUCUCUCUCCCUGUGGUUCUUUGGAUCUCGCACAGUCGCACUCAAGCUCUCUUCCUCUCUCGUCUCCGGUUUCUCUCACUGCUUUCAGUCUCGCACUGAAGCUGGUCGUCGCAUUCUGUGUGAGUCAUCACCGUCUUGCACUCAGUCACGCUCGCGCGCCUUUUUUUUCUGCGCUUGUCAUCGCCGGCAACAGAAGCAGUAGGUCCCGGGCUGGUCGUGAUUGUUGUCUUCUUGCUUCGAGUCUUGCCGUCAGCUUCCUCUCCGCUGUCAGCUUCCUUUGUGGAACCAGAAGCCCUAAACUUGAAGACAGGCAGCGGCUACUCUGUGUGAAGAACAUCUCUACGAGGAUCACCUUUCUUCCAACCCUUUCAACCUUUUAUUAUUUAUCAGAAAGAAGAAAAAGGAUGGUUCUAUCGGAGGAGGAAAUCAACAGGCUGUAUAGAAUUAGGAAGACGGUGAUGCAGAUGCUGAGGGACAGGGAUUACCUUGUUGGGGACUUCGAGAUCAAGAUGAGUAGAGAAGAAUUUAGAAGAAAAUAUGGCGAGAACAUGAAGAGGGAAGACCUUGUCAUCAACAAAUCCAAGAAGGAUAAUUCUUCUGACCAGAUCUAUGUCUUCUUCCCCGAAGAAGCUAAAGUUGGUGUCAAGACCUUGAAGACCUACACCAAUCGAAUGAACUCCGAGAAUGUUUUCAGGGCUAUCUUGGUUUGUCAACAGAAUUUAACACCAUUUGCCCGCACUUGUAUCAGUGAAGUUUCUCAAAAAUUUCACUUGGAGGUUUUCCAGGAAGCAGAAUUGCUGAUCAACAUAAAAGAACAUGUUCUUGUCCCUGAGCAUCAAGUACUUACUGAUGCAGAGAAGAAAACUUUGAUUGAGAGAUAUACUGUGAAAGAAACUCAACUUCCUAGGAUUCAAGUUACUGAUCCUGUUGCAAGAUAUUAUGGAUUGAAGCGUGGACAAGUUGUUAAGAUAAUCCGGCCAAGUGAGACUGCAGGCAGAUAUGUUACCUACCGAUUUGUUGUAUAAGAAUUUCCUUCAACGUCCUGACUAUAUUUAUGGUACCAUAUGCCCUCUAUCGAUAGAUAUUUAUGAGAGCUUGAAGCAUGGACAAGGAUAAAGAACCGUCUUUUUCUUUUGGGUGUACUCUUUUAGCUAUCAGUUAGAAGUUAUUGUUGAACCUUAGUAGUCAAACUAAGACAUUCUAUACUGCGGUGGUUAGUUUCCAAUGUUCCGCAAAACCCGUCUUUAACUGCACGAAUUCUUUUGGUUGUGCGCUCUCGGUGGGUUAUUCUGAAUAUCGGAAAAUAUGGUGACUCGGAUUCCGCAUAAAAUGGCAUCAGAAUAGGAUCCACUAAUAACUUUUUUUAAUUAAAAUAUUUUCUUUCAAUUCA